UCAUAUAAAGCUGAACACAUGUGCUCGAGUUUAGUGUUUGGAGAUAACUUGACGAAAAUGAACGUUCAUUUAAUUGCCAUUGUUGUUCUUUUGUUGGCGGUGGAAGCCGUUCGUUCUGACACGUUACAAGACGCUGGUCUGCUUCCUGAAGCGAGAGAGCGAUGUGCUAAACCUAAUGAAACCUGCUCUAAAGGUCGUAGAGGAAGUGGACCAAGUGAAUGCUGCCCACCUAAAGGUUGUUCUUGCAAUCCUUUCACUUCGUAUUGUGAUUGCAGUUGGGACUCGUGGUGGUAAAUCAUGAAGCUGAGCAACUCCUUAAAGAAGAAACUCAUCCCGAAACUCCAGAUUCGAAAGCUAAAAAAAUUUUUGGAAUUUUUGGAAGAUGUACUAAAAGCAAAUAAAAUUAAGAAUUAGA